CAAUCCCCCCCAGGCCCGGAGCCGCGUCCCCGGUCCCCCGGAAAGCUGGAUUUCCGAGGCUGGAGGCGCCUGGCCGACUGGGUGGGGACCACCAUGGGCAACGCGGCCGGCAGCGCGGAGCAGCCCGCGGGCCCCGCCGCGCCGGCCCCCAAGCAGCCCGCGGCGCCCAAGCAGCCGAUGCCCGCGGCCCGGGAGCUGGAGGAGAGGUUUAACCGGGUUCUGAACUGCAUGAACUUGCCCCCGGACAAAGUGCUGCUGCUGAGCCAGUAUGACAACGAGAAGAAGUGGGAGCUCAUUUGUGACCAGGAGCGGUUUCAAGUCAAGAACCCUCCCACCGCCUAUAUCCAGAAGCUGAAGAGCUACCUGGAUACUGGUGGGGUCAGCCGCAAGGUAGCGACGGACUGGAUGUCUAACCUGGGGUUUAAGAGGCGAGUUCAGGAGUCCACACAGGUGCUGCGGGAGCUGGAGAUCUCCCUGAGGACAAACCACAUUGGGUGGGUGGAGGAGUUCCUCAACGAGGAGAACCGUGGCCUGGAUGUGCUCCUCGAGUACCUGGCCUUUGCCCAGUGCUCCGUCACGUAUGACAUGGAGAGUGCAGACAAUGGGGUCCCCAGCUCAGAGAAGAGCAAGCCCCUGGAGCAGUCCGUGGAAGAUCUCAGCAAGGGGCCGCCCUCGUCCUUGCCUCCCCAGCCCAAGAGCCGCCACCUGACCAUCAAGCUGACCCCUGCCCACAGCAGGAAGGCCCUGCGGAAUUCUCGCAUCGUUAGCCAGAAGGAUGACGUCCACGUGUGCAUCAUGUGCUUGCGCGCCAUCAUGAACUACCAGUCUGGCUUCAGCCUCGUCAUGACCCACCCAGCCUGUGUCAAUGAGAUUGCUCUGAGCCUCAACAACAAGAACCCCAGAACCAAGGCUCUGGUGCUGGAGCUGCUGGCAGCCGUGUGCCUGGUUCGAGGAGGGCAUGACAUCAUCCUGGCGGCCUUUGACAACUUCAAGGAGGUGUGUGGGGAGCAGCACCGCUUCGAAAAGCUGAUGGAAUAUUUCCAGAAAGAGGACAGCAACAUCGACUUCAUGGUGGCCUGCAUGCAGUUCAUCAACAUCGUGGUACACUCCGUGGAGAACAUGAACUUCCGUGUCUUCCUGCAAUAUGAGUUCACGCACCUGGGCCUGGACUUGUACUUGGAGAGGCUCCGGCACACGGAGAGCGACAAGCUGCUCGUGCAGAUUCAAGCAUACUUGGACAAUGUUUUUGAUGUGGGUGCGCUGCUGGAGGACACUGAGACCAAGAACGCUGUGCUGGAGCACAUGGAGGAGCUGCAGGAGCAGGUGGCCCUGCUGACAGAGAAGCUUCGGGACGCGGAGAACGAAUCCAUGGCCAAGAUUGCCGAGCUGGAAAAGCAGCUAAGCCAGGCUCGAAAGGAGUUGGAGACCCUGCGGGAGCGCUUCAGCGAGUCGACCUCCAUGGGCGCCUCCAGGCGUCCUCCUGAGCCUGAGAAAGUGCCUACCUCCGUCCCGGCGGCGCGGCCCUCGGCCCUAGAGCUGAAGGUGGAGGAGCUGGAGGAGAAGGGGUUAAUCCGUAUCGUACGGGGGCCCGGGGAUGCUGUCUCCAUCGAGAUCCUUCCGGUCGCUGUGGCAACUCCGAGCGGCAGUGACGCCCCGACUCCUCCGGGAGUGCUCACCGACUCACCCAGCGCAGAUCUCCCACCUGCGGCAGAGCCUGCUCCUGGAGCAGCACCCCCACCGUCGCCUCCACCACCCCCACUUCCCGGCCUCCCCGACCAGCAGGAAGCCCCGCCCCCGGCACCCCCACUGUCCUCACCCCUCCCUGGCAGCUCAGUGCCCCCGCCCCCACCGCCGCUGCCUGGAGACUUGCCGCCCCCACCCCCGCCCCCACCGCUGCCUCCCGGCACAGAUGGACCCGUGCCUCCGCCGCCUCCACCGCCUCCAGGAGGUCCCUCUGGAGGGUCCGGCCCUGAGAUGGGCCCAGGAGUGAAGGCCAAGAAACCCAUACAGACCAAGUUCAGAAUGCCACUCUUAAACUGGGUGGCCCUGAAACCCAACCAGAUCACUGGCACUGUCUUCACUGAGCUCAAUGACGAGAAGGUGCUGCAGGAGCUAGACAUGAGUGACUUUGAGGAGCAGUUCAAGACUAAGUCCCAAGGUCCCAGCCUGGACCUCAGUGCUCUCAAGGGUAAGGCAGCCCAGAAGGCCCCCAGCAAGGCCACCCUCAUCGAGGCCAACCGGGCCAAGAACCUGGCGAUCACCUUGCGCAAGGGCAACCUGGGUGCUGACCGCAUCUGCCAGGCCAUUGAAACGUACGACCUACAGGCCCUUGGCCUGGACUUCCUGGAGCUGCUGACCCGCUUCCUGCCCACGGAGUACGAGCGUAGCCUGAUCGCCCGCUUCGAGCAGGAGCAGCGACCCAUGGAGGAGCUGUCGGAGGAGGACCGCUUCAUGCUACGCUUCAGCCGCAUCCCGCGCCUGCCCGAGCGCAUGGCCACGCUCACCUUCCUGGGCAACUUUCCGGAUACUGUCCAGCUGCUCAUGCCGCAACUGAAUGCCGUAAUUGCAGCCUCAAUGUCCAUCAAGUCCUCUGACAAACUCCGCCAGAUCCUGGAGAUUGUCCUGGCCUUUGGCAACUACAUGAACAGCAGCAAGCGUGGGGCAGCCUAUGGCUUCCGGCUCCAGAGCCUGGAUGUGCUGCUGGAGAUGAAGUCGACUGACCGCAAGCAGACGCUGUUGCACUACCUGGUGAAGGUCAUUGCCGAGAAGUACCCACAGCUCACAGGCUUCCACAGCGACCUGCACUUCUUGGACAAGGCGGGCUCAGUGUCCUUGGACAGCGUCCUAGGGGAUGUGCGCUCCCUGCAGCGAGGCCUGGAGUUGACCCAGCGAGAGUUUGUGCGGCAGGACAACUGCAUGGUGCUCAAGGAGUUCCUGAGGUCCAACUCGCCCACCAUGGAUAAGCUGCUGGCAGACAGCAAGACCGCUCAGGAGGCCUACGAGUCCGUGGUGGAGUACUUCGGAGAGAACCCCAAGACCACGUCCCCCGCCAUGUUCUUUUCCCUCUUUAGCCGCUUCGUCAAGGCCUACAAGAAAGCUGAGCAGGAGGUGGAACAGUGGAAGAAGGAGGCAGUAGCCCAGGAGGCAGGUGCUGACGCCCCUGGCAAAGAAGAAGCCCCAGCACCCAAGGCCCGGCGGCAGCAGAUGGACCUCAUCUCUGAGCUGAAGCGGAAGCAGCAGAAGGAGCCACUUAUCUAUGAGAGUGACCGCGACGGGGCCAUUGAAGAUAUCAUCACAGAUCUGCGGAACCAGCCCUACAUCCGUGCAGACACAGGCCGAAGAAGUGCUCGUCGGCGCCCCCCGGGACCCCACAUGCAGGUCACCUCGGACCUCUCGCUGUAACGGCUCUUUCUGCAGAAGGACUCAGUGGGGAAUGGGGAGGGGGUGGCAAGGCGGGGCUCAGGGGCUCAAGGAAGGUGUCUUCAGCUCGGCUGGGCCGGGCAGCCCCCUCUGCUGCUGCCGCCAUUCUCCGAGAUGGUCCCACCUCAAGUGGUCGGGCGCGGGGGCGUGGGGGGGCGGGAACAGCAUCGCCGGCCCCUCCCCCAAAUGCUGCUUGCAGCACCCCUCUCCCCCUAAUAGCCAUACUUAGCCUCAGCCGGAGCCUGGCCUGUAACUUAUAAAGUGCAACCUCGCGCUCCACCCCCAGCUCCGGGAACUCUCCAUGGACCUUAUUUUUAUACAAGAUUAAUAAAGACGUUUGCAAAA